UAUAAUAGUGCUUAACAAUAAUAAACAAGUUGGCUUUGAAAAACAUAUAAAUUAAAACAAAUUAUAAGCAAAAACAGACAAAAAUACUAAAUUAAAAAAAAAUUAAAUUUGAAGUACAUAUUGCAUAAAACUAAGAAUAAAAAUCUAAAAGAAUACUGAAAUUGCAUAUAAGAAGCUGUGGGAAUAAAUUCUAAAAACAAAGUUUCUUCAAAUUUCUAAAAAGAAUCACCAACACAGAAAAACUUAACUACAUUCAGGAUAGAGUAUUAAAGAAUUGCGAUGGGAAAAGAUUUUUACAAAAUUCUGGGCAUUAAUAAAAAUGCCAACGAUGACGAAAUAAAGAAGGCCUAUCGGAAAUUAGCUUUGAAAUACCAUCCCGACAAGAAUAAGACACCACAGGCUGAGGAACGUUUCAAGGAAAUAGCAGAGGCGUAUGAGAUACUGUCGGACAAGAAGAAACGCGAUAUUUACGAUCAGUAUGGUGAAGAGGGCUUAAAGGGAGGAAUUCCUGGUGGUGCUGGGCAAGAAGGUGGUGGCACAUACACCUAUCAUGGCGAUCCAAGAGCUACAUUUGCUCAAUUCUUUGGCAAUGCUGAUCCCUUUGGCAUAUUCUUUGGCGGCGGCGACCCUUCACGUAUUUUCGAAUCACAAACUAUUUUCAUGGGUGACAAUGAUGAUAUUUACUCACAAAUGACAGGUGGCGGCGGGCCAGGAGGAGCAUUCCGUUCACAAUCAUUCAAUGCCCAGCCCAAUCGCAAACGUCAAACUCAAGACCCACCCAUCGAACACGACUUGUACGUGGCUUUGGAGGAAGUUGAUAAGGGUUGUGUGAAGAAAAUGAAGAUAUCUCGCAUGUCAUUGGCCACAGGUCAGGCCCGCAAGGAAGAGAAAGUGCUAAAUAUAACAGUUAAGCCUGGCUGGAAGGCUGGCACUAAAAUCACCUUCCAACAGGAGGGCGAUCAGACACCUGGAAAAAUUCCUGCAGACAUUAUUUUCAUCAUUCGUGAUAAACCACAUUCAGUGUUUAAGCGUGAAGGCAGUGACCUGCGUUACAGUGCCCAAGUUAGUUUGAAGCAGGCCUUGUGCGGCACCACAGUUUCAGUACCGACUCUGCAUGGCGAUAGAAUCACCGUCAACACCCAGGGUGAAAUAAUCAAGCCCACAACAGUAAAACGUAUUACCGGUCGGGGGUUGCCCUUCCCCAAAGAACCCUCACGACGAGGAGACCUUAUGGUGUCGUUUGACAUCAAAUUCCCCGACUCAAUACAGCCGGGCACCAAGGAGCUGCUCAGUGAGAUAUUACCCAACUAGAUAGUAGAUAAUGUAGGCUAGUGAAAAUAAGGGGGAACUGCAGAACUUGUGGUCUAACUGCUGGGCGGGAUGUAUUUAUUAUUAUGUAAUAUUUAAUAUUAUUAAUACUAUUUUAAUUAUUAGCGUUAAGUCUUAAGAAAUCAAGUGUUAGGCUACCAACUUCCAAUUACUAACACACACAGCAGCAGCAACAAUUGAAUUCUGCUGCUGCUGCUUCAAACAAUAUAAACAGAUCUGGAAAUGUGAAAAGAACGUACUUGAAGAAAACUUUUAAAUGAAUUGUUUUGUCCAUAUUAAUUUUUUCUUUAUUUUUUCCAAAUUCAUUUGUCUGUUAACUGUCUGUUCUUGUUCCAUUCUUCUGGAUGAAAUUACAUAAAUUUCUAAAAUCAUUCCAUAUGUAUGAAUCCUUUAAGAAGAAUUACAUUAAAAUUGUGGUUUCAAUUAUGAGAACAAGAACGGCAACUAUUUGUUAUUUAUUAUAUACAUAAUAUUUCUUUUCUUUAUUUCGAUAUGAGACAAAUUCAUUUAUUAUACCUACAUAUAUUUUUGUUUUUUGUUAACAAUCACAAAAUUGAAAUCAUUUCCAAUUAUUUAAUCCUUUUUUUUAGAAUUUAAGUUUAAUUAUAGAUACUCUGAAGUACGGAAGAAAACAAAUUAAUUCAUUAAACAAAAAAAGAAACAGCUGUAUAAAAUUAAUUCAGUAAAUAAGUCCAAAAAGUCAUUUGGAAUGAAGUUAUAUACUCACAUAAAUAUAUACAAUUGUAUGUUUCAAGUAAUUCUAAAACGAGUUAUACGUUUAUUUACUGCUUUUGGCUUUUUACAAUAGAACAUCAAUCAUUCUUUAAAUGGCUUUUGGCAUUGCUCUCAUUAGAAGAUUUAAAGAAUUUUAAAAAUGUUUGUAAAUUUAAUUCUUAAAACACACCCAGAGACUGAUUAAAUAAAAUUAAAAAAAAAAAUAUGGAAAUAAAAAAUUAUAAUGUUUGAAUUAAAAUUUAAA